GUCAAGCCCAGCAAGAACAGAAAAAGUGCUUUUUAAUAACAAAUAUCUCUUGCUGAUCCAUUAGCUUCUUCCAGCUGCAUUUUGGAUUCUUUCUCUUUGCUUUUAACUCCUGCUGCAUUCCCUGGCAUUAGAGCUUCACUGCAUAGACUGAUCCUACAGCAACAGCAACAGCAACUCUUGCAGGAAUCCUUUGCAUGUAGUAACUCAGCAGAGCUGCCAUGCAGGCACUGAGAAUAUGUGAAUAGGUCAUGUACGGCUUCUAAUUGCUUCAAGUAACUUUUUCUGUUGGUUUUGGGUUUUGUUUUGGUUUUGGUUUUUUGUUGUUUUUUUUUCUUUAGAUUUGCGUGACCUUUCACUGUGCCAGCCUUACACAAAACACUGCAAGGAGGGGAACUCGCAGGUUGUCUUUAAUGGAAUGGCUUUAGUGUCUUUCAGAAUUAAUGUGGCAAACUCCUUGCUGGAAGCACGGGUGGAAGGCCGUCCUGGCUGGCUCCUGGCAUGCCACGAGCACUGGAGUCUCUCCCUGGGCACCCUGCUCUGCCAGCAGCUCGGGUAUUUCAGGUGGGCACGGCAGAGGCAGCCACUUUGACCCCUACUUGCCCUAUUUCACAGGGGAUGAUCUUGGCAAAAGCAGAUGCUUGAAGGCUGGGAGGUUUCUGAGGGCAGCGGUGCCGUAUUGCACAGCUCCUUGGUGAAUGCAGGGUGGAAAGGGGGGCCUGGGCUGGCGUGAGAACGUGUGAGAAGAGCUGCAGAAGAUCCUUCCUGCCAAAGAGGUUCAUUCCCGGCUGCCGGAGCAGCAGGACUGUGGACUGUUGUUCCUAUGGCAGAAUUAAAUCCCUGAUCCCCAGCCCUUCCUGGGACAUUUACUGUUGCUUCUGCAGAAUGACCCACCAGAAAGGAGUGAACCUGAUGGACAUCAAGGUGAAUGACACCCAGGAGUUCAUUCAGGUGAAACCCCACCAGGAAGGCAGCCUGGAAGACAUGUGGCAGGUCAGGAACAGCUGUGAAUCAGGUCAAAUUGUGGCUCUGAAAUGCUCCGAGUGCGGGCUGCACCCCGGCGCUGCACGGGUGGUCGGGGGCGCAGAUGUGCCCCCAGGGCACUGGCCCUGGCAGGUCAGCGUGUACCACGGCUCCCAGCACCUCCGCGGAGGCUCCGUGCUGGCACGUGAAUGGAUCGUCACAGCGGCUCACUGCGUGCACAGUUACAGGCUACUUCAAGCCUCUGCAUGGGUGGUUUUUGCAGGCAUUAUCAGCCACGGCUUGAUCAGGCAGGAGGCUGGGGUAUCGGUAAAGAAAAUAAUUUACCACCCGCUUUAUAAUGACAAUAGUCUCGACUAUGACAUUGUUCUCAUGAAGCUCCAAGUCCCCCUGAAUUUCUCAGAUGCCAUCCGUGCUGUGUGUCUGCCACGCUCCCACCAGGACCUCUUCCAGGGCACGCAGUGUUGGGUCUCUGGCUGGGGCUAUACCAGCCCGGACCAAGCACAGGUUACUGAGACCCUGAAGGAAGCACUCGUCCCCUUAAUCGGUACCAAGAGGUGCAAUAGUUCGUGCGUGUACGCCGGCGAGCUCGCUGCCAGGAUGCUGUGUGCUGGCUACCUGCAGGGAAAAAUAGAUGCAUGCCAGGGCGACAGCGGGGGCCCCCUGGUUUGCCAGGAUGGAUUUGCGUGGUGUUUAGUGGGCAUCGUGAGCUGGGGCCAGGGCUGUGCGGAACCCAGCCACCCUGGGGUUUAUACCAAUGUGGCUCAGCUUCUGCCAUGGAUUCAUCGCAUCGCUGAGAUCUACUAGAAAUAAGGCAAGGAGAGACUUCACAGAGCAACACUUUGCCCCUUCCAUGUAGUGGAAGCACUUCCAUGGAGUGGAGAACAGUCCCGGACUAAUUCAUACAUACAGAAUCCACAGACAGCAUGAGAAGACACGCUC